CAGGCGGUUGUCUCCUCCCCCACCGUAUAUCAAGGGGAGGAAGGCGCGAAAAAAAAAACAGCGGCAGACCAAAGGAAUAAGAGUCACUUUUUAGGGGCGGCAAGAGCUCGGAGGUCGUGCAAAACUCAAGCGAAGGCAGCGUUUAGGUGUCUAACUAGCUAUGGAUUCGCAAGUUACAAGUGUUAGUGAAGUUCAUGAACUGCUGGUAGCUUUGCAGAAAAAUUUGGAGUGUCCAAUCUGUCUGGAGGUGAUGAAAGAGCCAGUCUCAACGAACUGUGGUCAUAACUUUUGCAGGUUCUGUAUUUUGAAACUGCUUACACAGAAGAAAGGUACAACACAGUGUCCACUUUGCAAUGGCAAAGUCACUAAAAGAAGUCUGAGGGACGAUAUCUAUCUUAAGGAAGUAAUCAAAGGAAUUCUAGAAACCAUCCAUGCUUUUGAGUGUGAUACUGGACUGAAGUUUUCAGAUUAUUUGUGUUACCCCAGGAAAGUGUUAGAAACUGUUUCUGCUUCAUCCACAUAUAAAGAACAACUGGUUAUUAACUGUAAGGGAUAUAGAGAUAGAUCGAAAUAUAUGAAGAAAGAAGAAAAGAGAAAUACUAAAUCGGGUGAUAACCCAAUCUCGCCACAGUACAAUGAAAAUGAAGCAAGAUAUUUCCUCAGAAACAAAAGAAAUUCUUGUAAAACUAUGGUUUUGGAAAUCAAUAAGAAGCACAGAUCAGGCUCAUCUGAAGAUAUCUUUCAGGAAGAGAACAUAAUCAGCUGCAUGGAUUUUGAAAGUCCUUCCACAUCUCAAGUUGACAAAGACUAUAUUGUGAAUCGGAGCCAAAACUCUUGCCACAUAGAGCAUCCUGAAACAAGUGCCAAAAAUGAACCAUCUCUAAAUAUAGGUAUAUGUGGAGCCUUAGAAGAAAGAAAACUAGGAAGCCGAGAUGAUACCAAAGCUGUCAAUGAAAACUUAGAAGUUGUUGAGGGAAACGUGACUGUCAAACAGCAACAGGAUGUAUUUUUUCUCGAUUCCUGCAUGGAACAACCUGGUUUUAGUUACCUACAGGAUGAUAGGUCUUCCUCUUUCUGCAGGAUAACACAAGUACAAUUGGCUGGUGAAGCCAUGAAUAUGACUACAAAUGAACAGAUAGAUAAUGGAGAAAAAACUCUCACUGACCAAUCUGCUGGAAAUUUAUCAGUUGUAUGUGAAAAUAAGGAAUGCCAGUUACAAUCCCAGACUAUGCCUGACAGCUGUCUGAGUAAAAGUUCUGAGGGAAAAAUGAUACAGAGCAUGAAUAAAGUCAAUGAGUUGUUCUCUAAAAGCAAUUCUUCUAAUUCACUGGUAGAUGGUUGCAGUGAAAAGCUUCAGGAUCCAGAUUCCUCAGAUUCCUCAGAUUCUGAGAUCUCUCAACCGCUGAGAAAGGUCCGCACAGAGAAAAUACCAAUAUAUUUCAAUGAUUUUGUUAAAAAUCAGAACGUGAAAGCAAGCAACAAGGAAUUAGUUAGAAAAAGAGGAGACCCUGUUUUGGAAAAUAGUGAUCAAGUCUUUACUGCUGUUAAAAAAUCUCCAACAGAACAACCGGAAGCUGCUUUUUCAAAAAUCACCUGUGUUGUGGAAGCAGUGUCCAUGUUAAAAGGAGAUGGAGAUAAGCAAGUUCAGAGUGAAUGCCACGUGUUACCAGAUAUGAAAAACAAAAGUAGUUAUUUGAACAAGAGAAAUAAAGAAUUAAUCAAACCACUUGGUGAACUGCAAAUGUUGAAUAAAAGUCCUAAGCUAUCUGAGGAGACCAAGGAAGAACUGGGUAUUAAGGAGCUGAGAAAAAUGAAUCGAGACCAGAUGAGAGGCAAAUGGAACAGGCAGCUUCAGUUGUUCACAAAAGAAGGCAGGAGACAAAGUGAACCAACUAAGAGAAAAAUAAAUGUGAAUAAGCGAGAUGAUACCAAAACUGUCAAUAAAAACUUAGAAGUUGUUGAGGGAAACGUGACUGUCAAACAGCAACAGGAUGUAUCUUUUCUAGAUUCCUGCAUGGAACAACCUGGUUUUAGUUACCGACAGGACAAUAGAUCUUCCUUUUUCUGCAGGACGACACAAGUACAAUUGGCUGGUGAAGCCAUGAAUAUGACUACAAAUAAACAGAUAGAUAAUGGAGAAAAAACUCUCACUGACCAAUCUGCUGGAAAUUUAUCAGUUGUAUGUGAAAAUAAGGAAUGCCAGUUACAGUCCCAGACUAUGCCUGACAGCUGUCUGAGUAAACGUUCUGAAGGGAAAAUGAUACAGAGCAUGAAUAAAGCCAAUGAGUUGUUCUCUAAAAGCAAUUCUUCUAAUUCACUGGUAGAUGGUUGCAGUGAAAAGCUUCAGGAUCCGGAUUCCUCAGAUUCUGAGAUCUCUCAACCGCUGAGAAAGGUCCGCACAGAGAAAAUACCAAUAUAUUUCAAUGAUUUCGUUAAAAAUCAGAAUGUGGAAGCAAGCAACAAGGAAUUAGUUAGAAAAAGAGGAGACCCUGUUUUGGAAAAUAGUGAUCAAGUCUUUACUGCUGUUAAAAAAUCUCCAGCAGAACAACCGGAAGCUGCUUUUUCAAAAAUCACCUGUGUUGUGGAAGCAGUGUCCAUGUUAAAAGGAGAUGGAGAUAAGCAAGCUCAGAGUGAAUGCCACGUGUUACCAGAAUUGAACCUAACAGAUAUGAAAAACAAAAGUAGUUAUUUGAACAAGAGAAAUAAAGAAUUAAUCAAACCACUUGGUAAACUGCAGGUGUUGAAUAAAAGCCCUAAACUAUCUGAGGAGACCAAGGAAGAACUGGGUAUUAAGGAGCUGAGAAAAAUGAAUCAAGACCAGACGAGAGGCAAAUGGAACAGGCAGCUUCAGUUGUUCACAAAAGAAGGCAGGAGACAAAGUGAACCAACUAAGAGAAAAAUAAAUGUGAAUGAGAGAGAACUGAAACAAUCCAUCUCUCUUUCAGAAACAAUGCCAUCUUCCUCUGUAACAGAAGAUGUCUCCGGUGUCCUGCAGGAAAAUCCAAAGAAAGCAAAGUCUUAUUCAAAUACCAGCAUGAUUGAUAUGCUUCACCUAUGUAAUGUAGACAUGGCUUAUGCUAACCAUGAAAACUUUCCUCAUGUGAUUGGGACUGUAAAAGACAUUCUGAAUACUGAAGAAACUGCAGAGAGCCACAAUACAGAUUCCCAAGACAGGAGCUCAUGCUUGCAGUUUCAUCCUGGAAAGGUAGAACAAACAGCUUCCAAGGAUAAACAGGUCAUGGUGAAUCAACUUGAUAAAUAUGGAAUUUGUUCUGAAGUAAUACAGAGUGAUGGAAUUUGCACAGAUAAUUGCAAGUCCCCUGAAACCAACAAUAAAGCUAAAGGAAGUUGUGAAUUGAAUCUGGAAACUGAUGACAGUGAACUAGAUACAGGCUUCAUGCAGAAUAUAUUUGGCUGCUGCAAACGCCAGUCAUUCUUGCUAUGUCCAAGUCCAGUAAAUGAAUUGGCUGUGGAUAUUAAAUAUUUGCAAGGGCUAAACCCUGACAAAGAGGAUAAAGAUGGAACACACGAAGAGAAAUGUGAUGUUUCUUGUGACGAGAAUAAAAGUACCUCUAUCCAAACACCAACAUUUUCUACAUCCAGUUUUUCUGAACAUAAAAAUGAGUAUCUUCAGUUUGCCUUGAAAGUUCCACUUCCUGAUUGUCCAUCAAUAUCUCUACAAACAGUUACCAGAAAUGAAGAAGAUGGAUGUCAACAGGAAAGUAAAAAGAUAAUGGAUGAACAGAGACAGUCUCCAGGGUUAGAGAACAAAAUUGAAAGUCCAGAUGAUUGCAUUGGAAGUUUGAAUGUCUGGAAAAAUAGCAAUUUGCAUGAUACAAGUUUCAACCAUGUUAAUAGGAGUAGCUCUGGUUCAGUCCACUUACAAGAAACAAAAUCCAAAGAGAUUGAAAACAAAAAAAUGGAACUGAAUUCUCAGAUAGAAUUAAUGAAGAAACAUUAUUUAAAUUCUGUAUCAUCGUUAUUCAGAUUCAUCAAUGCUGAAAAGAACCCCAUGGAAGAAAGGCAACUGAACAGUUACACAGAAAAAGCUGUUGAUGUUUCUAGCACUGGUGGGAUUAAGAGUGUGAUUCCCCAACUGAAUUUAGAAUGUUCUGCGAAAGAGCAUCAGCAUUUUGAACUGCUGUCAGAGACACCAGACAACUUGCUGGACACACCUACCAAAAAUAAAAAGGGUUCACCAAACCUUUGGAAUAAGAAUGACAUCUUGCCCAUGUCUGCUAAAAUAGACAAGCAAACCACUGAUGGGACAGAUCUGGAUAGCAAAAACAAAUGCAGUAUCACGUUGAAGAGUCAGGAGUUUAUUUUGACUUACCAGAAAUUGCUACAGAAGCUGCCAUCCUCAGAAGAGGAUUCUGGUGAAGAUGAAAAGCUUCCUUGUUUUCAGGCACUACUAAAUAUGCAGAGCACACUAUCACACCCAGUAAAAGAGAAGGAAAUACCAGUAGAGGUGCUAGAAUCAAAGAGCAGCAGCAGCAGCAAUUGUUUCAAACACAAAAAAGAGGAUGUCUGCCAAAGCCAGGAAUCAGAAUUCUCUGUGAAUUUAUUUUCCUCUCAGUCAAAUGUAUCUGUGGUCUCUGGCAAGGAUUGUAAUUCAAAGGAUUUAAUCCCAUUCUCUAAUUCCAAAGAGAAGUUGCCCAGUCUCAGUGGGAAUAACAAAGACAUUUCACCUAGUGAUAAAGUCUCUAUAGAUGUCGAGCAACUAAAAUGUGGGCAAGAAGAAUAUGCACAUUCAGAAUCCAAUUUAGGUGAAGAAAUGAUGCCCUAUGCCAGUGGAGCAACCCCUCUGGAAGAUUCAUUAGGUCAAUUCUCCCAGAGUGAAAUUCUCACCACACAGCAAAGGGAUGCUAUGCAAAAUAACUUAAAGCAACUGCAGCAGAAGAUGGCUAUCAUUGAAGCUGUCCUCAAAGAGGGAAGCCAGAGUGUUGGCUCUGAAGGAUGCUCACUGGAAAGAGAGGAAACUGAUUUCAAAAGAGAGCAGACAGAAGCAAGAAAGGAAAUGCAUAGUGUAUUGGAAAAACCAGUCUCUCCCUUGGCACAUACCACCUGCUGUAGCACAAGGAAAAGGAAAAGAAAGAGUCUAAUUCUGAGUGGAGGGCAAAAAAUGUCUCUGGUAGCAUCUGGUUUAAACCAGAGUGAAUUGAAACUAGUACGUAAAUUUGCCAAGAAAACUAAGAGCACUUGGUGUAAUAAAAUUACUGAACAAACAACCCAUCUAAUAAUGAAAACAGAUGAGGAUCUGGCCUGUGAGAGAACCCUGAAAUACUUUAUAGCUGUUGCUGCACGAAAAUGGGUAUUGAGCUACCAGUGGAUUAUACAUUCAUUCGAAGCAGGAAGAGUUCUUAAAGAGGAAGAUUUUGAAGUGAGAGGAGAUAUAAUCAAUGGGAAAAACCAUCAAGGACCUAAAAGAGCAAGAGAAUCACCUGUUGGAAAGCUUUUCCAAGGAUUGGAGAUUUGCUGCUAUGGGCCGUUCACUGACAUGCUCCCAGAACAUCUGGAAUGGAUUGUAGAACUCUGUGGCGCCACCCUUGUGAAGCAACCUCACUUAUUUACACAUGCAACAGACUCCACUGCUGUGAUAGUUGUUCAGCCUGAUGCAUGGACAGAAGAAAGCACCUGCCAAGAGCUCCCGCUGCAAUGCAGCAUUGCUGUAGUUACACGUGAGUGGGUGCUGGACAGUGUUGCCUGCUAUCAAUGCCAGCCGUUCAAUGACUACAUCUUUCUACAGGAACAAUCUUCCAUGUCUGACUAAUAAAGCUCUUGUAGCCCGAAUGGGAUUACAUCUUUCAAUGGGUUUGUCACCUACACUAAUAAACGAGUUUUGGGAACUGGAGAAGUAUCUAGCCUGAUGAAUUGUGGUGUCUUCCAUGCGGUUUCAAGUCCAGGAGCAAUCUCUAAUUUAUUCCUUUUUUUAAAAAAAUUAUCUAUUGCUUGUCACGUCAUGUGCUUCCAAGUGAUGUACAAAAUCAGCAUAGCUUUUGUACAAUUCAGAUAUAGUUAAAAAGCAAUAGUUGAAAUAAUAUGUAGCCCACAUUAAAGACUAGCAAUAAGAGGCAGAAGACUACCACCCCAAAACAUUAUCAAAUAAAAAGUUUUCUCAAUCA